AGAUGAUUCUUUAAAAAUGUAAAGCAUUCCAUCAAAAAGAAGGAAAAAAGAACAAGUUAAAAGUGCAAAUGGCUAAAGGUGUAAAUGUCAUCACUUAUAUGGUGAUUUUCUUGAUUUUGACAGUAGGAAUAUCAAGAGUAACAGCAAAGAAGCCACCAUGUAAAGAAGGUCGAAUCGCGUAUCAUCCUUGUAGUCAGAGUCUAUGCGCACAAGACUGCGCGCUUGCUGGUGUUUAUCGCACAGGCAAAUGUGAACCUGAUAGGAACAAAGUAGUUUGCAAAUGUUACGGAUGCAAAUAGGUGUAGACUCGGUAGAUCCUAUGUGCAAUAAUAUUAUCUUCUUCUUUUUUGGGGCGGUAUCAAUAAUAACAAAAAGAACUUUGUAGUGAGGUGCUUUUCGAAUCCAAUUAUAAAUUCCAAAAUCCAUCAAUUUGUUGUUGACUA